AUGUCUGCCAGUCCCCACGAAUUGCCCUCGGCACCAUCCGAACCAGCUCCACCUGUACCUCUAGCGAAUGCCGACGCCCCUGUCAACGCGCCUGGUCCAAUUGCAGUCGAUAACUUUAGCGACGACACCAAUAGUGAAUUCGAUGAUGAGCUGUCUGAUCUCACCUCCCUUUCGUCGAGUGUGCUCCAGUUCGAGUAUGAAAAUGGUCGUCGGUAUUGCAGUAACCGCUCGCGGUGCAGAUGGUGGAUGCUACUGGGAGGGGAGCUCUACAAUGCUCCUAUCAAGUCAUCGCCGCAGAACAUCCUUGACCUAGGAACUGGAACAGGCAUUUGGGCCAUAGAGAUUGCCGAGAAAUUCCCCAGCGCCCACGUCAUUGGAAAUGAUAUUAGCCCUAUUCAGCCCAGAUGGGUGGCCCCGAAUGUCGAAUUCAUCGUGGAGGACAUCGAAGCCGAAUGGGAAUAUGAACAAAACCACUUUGACUUUAUCCACGCGCGAUGCCUGGCAGGAUGCAUAGCCGACUGGCACGGGUAUAUCCGCCGUAUCUAUGACCACGUCAAGCCCGGAGGCUACUUUGAAUCGCACGAGAGCGCUGUGUGGGCCUGGAGCGACGAUGGCUCUCUCAAGCAAAAUUCCGCUCUCAUGGAAUGGCAGCAGGCCAUCAAUGUCGCCGGCAAUAAGAGCGGCCGGGAGCUGAACAUCUACCAUAAGCUGAAGGACUGGAUGAUCGCAGCCGGCUUUGAAAAUGUCAGCUUGUCGGUCUUCGUGCUGCCGUUCUCGCCCUGGCCGCGCGACCCCCACCUAAAGGCCUUGGGGAAGUACCAGGCAGUGCAGUUACAGCAAGCCAUCGAUUCUUAUUCACUGCGUUUGCACACGCAGGUGCUGGGCUGGAGUCCAGAUGUGGCCAAGAUUCAUAAUGCUAUGGUUAAGCAGGAGCUGCGGGAUAAGAGGUUGCAUGCAUAUGUUCAGACAGUUGCCGUGUAUGGGAGAAAGCCGCUUCGCUUCUAA